AUGUCAGAAGUCGCAAAGCGUCAACGAGACACAUCCAGUACUCCCGAACCCGAAGCGAAACGUCCUUACGUAGACGCCGAAAAGAACGCCGACCACCGCACCUCUUUCUCUUCCGCCACAACUGCCGACAAAUCUCCCAGCACCACAAGAACCAUGGCUUCCGACACCCUACCGAAGCCGGUCUCUGAGGAGAAGGAUGCCGUCGAUCUGGGCUCUGUGACCGCAGACGCCACCUCUAGCAACGACAUCAAGGUCGACAACGGCUCUGUUUCCAAUGGCCAUGACGGCGAUCAGGUGGCUGGCAGUGCAGGAAGCGUAGGCGACUCUUCCGAAACCCAGGCUACCCAGAUCUCGAUGCGAACCUUGAUCGUCACCAGCGACGCCAGCAUCAUCAUCGGAAAGUCCGGCAAGCACAUCAACGAGAUCCGUGACAAGAGCAAUGCCCGCCUAAACAUUAGCGAAAUCAUCCCUGGCAACCCUGAACGUAUUUUGACCGUCUCUGGUCCCCUGGAUGCUGUCAGCAAGGCUUUCGGUCUGAUCGUGCGCAGAAUCAACGACGAGCCUUUUGACCUUGCGUCGGUGCCCGGUUCCAAGUCGGUCACGAUUCGCUUCAUCGUGCCCAACUCGCGCAUGGGCUCCGUGAUUGGCAAGCAAGGCUCCAAGAUCAAGGAGAUUCAGGAGGCUUCGGGUGCUCGACUCACUGCUGGCGAGGCUAUGCUUCCCGGCUCGACGGAGCGUGUACUCUCAAUUUCUGGUGUCGCCGAUGCGGUGCACAUUGCGGUGUACUACGUCGGGAGCAUUUUGCUCGAGCACCCGGACCGCAACGCCAACAAUCUCCCGUACCGACCUACUGCCGGUGGACCAUCGACGCGAGCCGGCGCGGCUGGAGCCAACCCGUACGCGGCGCCUCAGCAGCCGUUCGGGUAUGGAGCACCAGCGGCUGGGUUUGGAGGUGCUCCCGCGGGUGCUGGUGGAGCACCGCAGCUUCCACCCGGCUCGCAGACGCAGCAGAUCUUCAUCCCGAACGAUUUGGUGGGUUGCAUUAUCGGCAAGGGCGGAUCCAAGAUUAACGAGAUCAGGAGCAUGAGUGCGAGCCACAUUAAGAUCAUGGAGCCUGGUGCGGGCAUCGCAGCAGGUGGUAGUGGAAACGAGAGGCUCGUUACCAUCACUGGUCCGCCACCCAACAUUCAGAUGGCCGUCUCGCUGCUGUAUCAGAGACUCGAGCAGGAAAAGAUGCGUCUGGCACAGGGGGGUGCGCCCUGA